AUGGUGUCGACGGGAGUCAAAAUAGUUGGAACUGUUUCUGCUUUAAUCGUUCUUGCCGCCAUUCUUUACAAGAAACACGAAACAAACAGCAUACACGAUAGAUUAGAUCAUGUUUUGUCGGGUUUGCUACGUGCUGAAAGAAAAGUUUCACAAACUAGUACGAAGGCAAGGGUAGCUCUGGGUUUCGGAAGUUGCUCAGAUAUUUUUGUCGAUGCUUUGCCAGUUUUUAACAAGUUGAACCUGAUAGCUCCUGACGAGCCAGAACAUUUUGAUUCUGUAAAUAGUACAGACUCCCUGGCUAAAUUGGCAGCUUAUUUCUUUCGAUAUGGUGCUGCAGCAGAGAGAUAUGUGAGCAAUACCAGUUUAUUUGAGACGAUAGUUUCUAUCAGUGAUACAGUUGCUGGCAGGAGAUGGGCUCUAGGUGGAAACGCUCCGGCUAUGGCUAAUAGAAUGGCUCUGGAGGGGCUAGAUGUUCUCCUUGGUUCAAGACUCACACCAAAUUUAGCUAGUUCAAUAUCUCCUAAUAUAAAAGUAACUGGUAAAUCUGUUAAAGAUGAAGAUGUCCAUGUUGUAUUGGAGUAUAAAACUGGUGAAAAAUGGGGCAAAUAUAUUUCACCUAGAGCUAACAGACUGAUUCUACACAGUGAUAACAGUAAUCCGUAUUUAAAAGCUCUGGAAGAUUUUCAGAGAGAAAUAAAAUCAUUUAACCCUUCGUUAAUAGUAGUUGGUGGAUUGCAGAUGAUGGAUAACUUUCCUUUUGAAGCAGGUCAAAGAAUAGCACGUCUGGAAAAACUUAAAAAUCUUUUAAAACAAACACCUUCGACGACAAAAAUACAUUUUGAAAUGGCAUCAUUCACAGACGGAACUCUACUGGAAGAGGUUUACGAGAAUGUGAUGCUUCAUUCUGAUUCGUUAGGUAUGAAUGAACAAGAGUUACCCAACUUGGCCAGUUUACUCACCGAGGGAAAAAUAACGCUGGUAUCUGAAAUAGUUCCUCGCGUAGCAACAGUUUUAGACCAGAUGAGAGUUAUUUAUAAAAAUAUGAAAAAUCAUCCGAAAUCCAGUAGAAAAUUAUCACGUCUGCACGUCCAUACUUUAGCAUAUCAAGCCAUUUUAACUAAAAAAUCAUCUUCGUGGAAAAAUACAAUGUCGGCUGCGGCUAAAGCAGCGUUAACCGCUCACCGUUACGUUUGCGGGUCCAAUUAUAUCAAUUUAGUCAACGCCAAAAUAUUAAUGGAUGAUUCUUUUGCACGAAGUGUGAGAGAUUCGUCCAAUAAAGUUAAUUUCCGAGAAAAUCGUCCAGUUUCAUGCUGGGAUGAAGAUGAUUAUGAAAUUUGUGUGGCUCCCGUUUUAGUUUGUACGAAUAUUUUACAAACCGCUGGCGGUGGAGAUAAUAUAUCGUCUGCUGGUCUUGUUUUACAGAUUUAA